CACAAGGCGCAGUACACCCUCGUGGCGCAGGCGCUCGACCGCCUGACGGGCGCGCCGCUCGAGCCCCGCUCCGAGUUCAUCAUCAAGGUCCAGGACAUCAACGACAACGAGCCGCGCUUCCCCGACGCGCCCUACAGGGCCGUGGUGCCCGAGAUGGCCGACGUGGGCACCUCCGUGAUCCGCGUGUCGGCGAGCGACGCGGACGACCCCGCGUACGGGAACAGCGCGAAGCUCGUGUACAGCAUGCGCGAGGGACAGCCACACUUCUCCAUCGAUGCCAAAACAGGCGUGAUCCGCACGGCGCUGCCCAACAUGGACCGCGAGGUCCGCGACUCCUACAAGCUCGUGGUGGAGGCCAAGGACAUGGCCGGGCAGCGCGGGGGCCUCACCGGCACGACCACCGUCAGCGUCUCCUUGGGGGACAUCAACGACAACCCCCCGAGAUUCACCAGGAACACGUACCAGAUGUCCGUGUCGGAGUUAGCCCCCGUGGGCACCACGGUGGGGGGGGUGCUCGCCACGGAUGCGGACGUGGGAGAGAAUGCGCGCUUCUCGUACAGCAUCGUAGGGGGCAGCGACACCUUCAACAUCCGCACCGAGGCCGGCUCGCGCGAGGGGUUCAUCACCCUCAAGCAGCCGCUGGACUACGAGAGCCGCCGCUCCUACUUCCUCAAGGUGGAGGUGCAGGGCCCAGGCCCCGAGGGCCGCGCCGCCGCCGCCGUAGGCCCCUUCCGCGAUGCCACGAGCGUCACGGUGUCGGUGGACGACGGCGACGAGGCCCCGGCCUUCUCCCCGGCCGAGCGCUCGCUGGAGCUGCGCGAGGACGCGGCGCGCGGCCGCCUCCUGGCCACGCUGGUGGCCCGAGACCCCGACACUGCCGGCGUGCCUGUCAGGUAUUCCAUCGACCGCAGCACGGACCCGGAGGGCCACUUCCAGAUCGACGAAAGCAGCGGUGCGCUGACGCUGGCGCGGGAGCUCGACCGGGAGACGCGCGCAUGGCACAACCUCUCGGUGAUCGCCACGCAGACCGAUGAGGCGGCGCUGUCUGGCCGGGGCCGCGUGUCUCUGCGCGUUCUGGACGUCAACGACAACGCCCCUGUGCUGCAGCUGCCGGCAGAGGCGCUCGUCUGUGAGGGGGCGCGCGCUGGACAGCUGGUGUACACGCUGAGUGCGCGCGACGAGGACGAGUCGUCACCCCCCUCCGGCUUCCGCUUCUCGCUCAACCCAGACUCCUCCGACAACUUCACCCUGCGGGACAACCUCAACGGCACGGCCGCCCUCUUCACCCGCCGCCGCCUCUCGGGCCGCGCCGGCGGCGCCGCGGCCGGCGCCGCCGGGGGGGGGCUGCUGCUGCCGCUGGGGGUGUCCGUGUCGGACGGAGGGGGCCCCCCGGGGCCGCGCUCCACCACGGGGACGCUGGCGGUGCGCCUGUGCGCCUGCGCCGAGCGCGACGGCGCCCUGCACGCGGCCUGCAGCGCCCAGCAGCCCGUCGUGGUGCUCGCCGGAGUCGGCGCCGAGGCCCUCGUCGCCCUCCUCGCCUGCAUCCUCAUCCUCCUCGUGCUCGUCGUGCUCUUCGUCGCCCUGCGCCGUCGCCGGAAGGAGCCGCUGGCAGCGGCCGACGAGGAGGAGAUCCGGGAGAACAUCAUCGCGUACGACGACGAGGGCGGCGGGGAGGAGGACACGCGCGCCUUCGACAUGAGCGCCCUGCGCACGCUGCAGGCCGCCUCGUCCGCCUCGUCCGCCAACCCCUCCUCCUCCACCGCCUUCAACAACGCCGCCGCCGGCACCGCCGCCGCCGGCAACAACAACGCCGGCGCCGCCGCCGGCGCGCUGUGCUGCUUGCGCCAGGACGUCCCUCCCGUCGUGGUCGGGCCCCAGCAGAAGCUGGGCCCACCUCCUCCUCCUCCAGCUGCCCCUUCCACCACCACCAGCAGCAGCACGAGUCAUCACCAUCAUCAUUACCACCACCACCAGCAGCAGCAGCAGCAGCAGCAGCCGCAGCCGCAGCCGCAGCACGGCGCGGGUGACAUGCAGGGCUUCAUCGCGGGGCGCGUGCGAGUGGCGGACUGCGACCCGCUGGCUCCGCCGUACGACUCCAUGCAGGUGUACGCCUACGAGGGCGCCGGCUCGGCCGCCGACUCGCUCAGCUCGCUCAGCUCCUGCGCCGGGGACGCCGAGGGCCCCCCCGGCGGAGGGGGAGGGUCCGGGGGGGGCGCCGGCGGGGGGGGGCCCGACGGGGAGCAAGGCUACGACUUCCUGCACGAGUGGGGGCCGCGCUUCCAGCGGCUCGCCGAGAUGUACGGCGCCGGUGACGACGACGUGCAGUGAAGAGGUGGAGAGGAGGAGGAGGAGGAGGAGGUGGUGGAGAGGAUUGGAGGAGGAGGGGGGAGUGGGGGUUUAGUUGGGGUGAUAAUGAUGA